AUGUCGAGGCGAAGGCACAGCGACGAGGGUGAUGGUGAGUGGGUGCGCUUUCUCAGUGACCUGGUGAACUGUCAUGUCAUCGCGGCUCCAUCCAUGGUUGCUAUGUUUGAGAACUUUGUCAGUGUCACACAGGAAGAAGACAUACCACAGGUGCGGUCUGACUGGUAUGUGUAUGCUGUGCUGUCCAGUCUGGCUUGGGUUGGCAAGGAACUGUAUGAGAAGAAGGAUGUGGAAAUGGAUCGCUUGCUUAACCAAAUUGAGGGAUAUUUAAAGGGGCGUCAGAAGACUCAUGUUUCCAUGCUGCAGGUGUGGACUGCAGAAAAGCCCCAUCCUCAGGAAGAGUAUCUGGACUGUGUCUGGGCUCAGGUGCAGAAGCUGAAGAAGGACCGCUGGCAGGAGCGUCACAUCCUGCGGCCUUAUAUUGCAUUUGACAGUGUGCUGUGUGAAGCCCUGCAGCAUAACCUGCCCCCUUUCACACCUCCAGCCCACUCUGAUGACGCUGUCUACCCUAUGCCCCAUGUCGUCUUCAGAAUGUUCGACUACACUGAUGCCCCAGAGGUGCAGCUCAUCAACUGGUUCUCGCAUCAUUUGAGUAACUUCCAGUUCAGAUGGAGCUGGGAUGACUGGGCUGACUGCCUGACUCAAGACAUUGAAAAGCCCAAACCCAAGUUUGUUAAAGAAGUUUUGGAAAAGUGUAUGAGGUUGUCGUACCAUCAGCGGAUAGUGGACAUUGUUCCUUCGAGUUUCUCUGCCCUGAUCCCGGCUAACCCUGUGUGCAGCUAUAAAUAUGAAGAGGAGACUGAGUGUAUGUUCAGGCUCAAGAACACAUCUGCGAUUCAAUGUCCAUUAAUGUCUAAACCGCUGGCCACAAAAGUGAGUACACCUAUGGCAACUACAGUGAGUAACGCUAUCAAAAACCGGGCGUCUAAUGAGGAGAUUCUUAUUGUUCUAAAAGAUGUCCCUAAUCCAAACCAGGAUGAGGAUGAUGAUGAGGGCGAUGGCUUCAACCCUCUGAAGAUUGAAGUGUUCCUGCAGACACUGCUCCAUUUGGCUGCGAAGUCUUUCAGUCAUUCCUUCAGUGCCCUGGCCAAGUUCCAUGAGGUUCUGAAGAACCUUACAGACAGUGAUGAGGGGAAACUGCACAUCCUCAGGGUUCUGUAUGAGUUCUGGAGGAACCAUCCUCAGAUGACCUCCGUGUUGGUGGACAAGUUGAUACGGACCCAGAUCGUGGACUGUGCAGCUGUGGCCAACUGGAUAUUUUCUCCUGAAAUGGCUCAUGAUUUUACCAGGUUUUAUGUGUGGGAGAUUCUACAUUCGACCAUCCGGAAGAUGAACAAACACGUGCAGAAGAUCCAGAAAGAGUUGGAUGAGGCAAAAGAAAAGCUGGAGAAGCAACAGAACAAAAAGCAGCGGGACAGUGGCGAUGAAGAGGACAUGGAGAAGAACAGUGAGGAUGAGGAGGGUCAGUUGGAGGAACAGAUCGAGAGGCUGCAGGAGAAAGUUGAGUCGGCCCAGAGCGAACAGAAGAACCUUUUCCUUGUUAUAUUCCAGCGCUUCAUUAUGUUACUGACAGAGCACCUGGUUCGCUGUGAAACGAGCGGCGUAGACAUCAACACCACCUGGUACAAGAACUGCAUCGAGAGGCUACAGCAGAUCUUCCUCAUGCAUUAUGUGAUCAUCCAGCAGUAUAUGGGCACCCUGGAGAACCUGCUGUUCACCGCUGAGCUCGACCAUCAUAUCCUGGCUGUUUACCAGCAGUUCUGUGCUCUUCAGCUCUGAAUUCCCACAAUGCAUCACUUCAGACUGUCACACCUGCCUGUUUACGUGGCAUUUCAAGGUUUAGUGACAUCGAUCGGGAUCAUUGGAGAUGGUUGUUUUGUAAGUAGUGAUAUUGGGAAAUCUCAGACCCUUUUUGGGCCCCUUGAUAUGUUUGUGUAGUGUUUCUUUUUCUUUUCAUUUUUUUUCUUUUCUUUCUUUUUCUUUUUUCAUUUUUCAUUGUCAUCGGCUCUGUGGUAAGUGCAGAUCUUUUAAAAUGCCUGGUGUUUAGUAAACCAUGAUGAAGAGCAUAGUUUUACUCAAGCAACUAUGGUAUGAAACUACUAAUUUUUAUGCGUUUUAUGUCAUUUUGAUUGAAAAAUGA